UUGAAUGCAGCACGGGAACAACAGGAAUAAAUAGGAAGACAUCCACGUAGCUGGUCUUGCAUCGUAAUAACACAUCGGAGCGCUCUUCCCAAUGUGUCCGUGUGUGUGUUUUAAUUAGGGGGGUUACAGUUCUCCAGAGUGGCGGGCUAACGUGGAAUAAAACCCGGGCUUGCUCUGUUUACCGACAGGACUAAAAUGGAGCUGGAAGACGGUGUUGUGUACCAGGACGACCCGGGGACAUCAGCGAUGAUGUCCGAGCGGGUAUCGGGCCUGGCCAACUCCAUCUACCGCGAGUUCGAGAGACUCAUUGGCAAAUACGACGAAGACGUGGUGAAGGAGCUGAUGCCACUGGUCGUAGCCGUCCUGGAGAACCUGGACUCGGUGUUCGCCGAGAACCAGGAGCACGAAGUGGAGCUGGAGCUGCUGAAGGAGGACAACGAGCAGCUUAUCACCCAGUACGAGCGGGAAAAGGCGCUGAGGAAACACGCGGAGGAGAAGUUCAUCGAGUUUGAAGACACUCAAGAGCAGGAAAAGAAGGACCUGCAGAGUCACGUGGACAGAAAUGGAUCUCAUUCUCGUCAACUUGAACUCAAGAUCAAGAACUAUGCAGACCAAAACGGCAGGUUAGAAGAACGAGAAGUAGAACUGAAGAAGGAGUACAACUCCCUCCAUCAGCGGCACUCAGAGAUGAUCCAUAACUACAUGGAGCAUGUAGAGAGGAUCAAACUGCAGCAGAUAAGCGAGACUUCAGAGUCAAGCAGCAUCGGUCGAGUCAGGAGAGAGCGACCUCUGUCUUUGGGGAUUUUCCCUUCAUCUGGUGGAGCGUCUCUGAUAAUCCCAGAUUCCCACACCAGAGCAGAGACUCCCAGCGCCGAAGGCUGGAGGCUCACCGAGUCCUCUCAGCUGCGCUCCAACACCAGCCUCAAGUUGGACUUUGCCGACCCCCCAAAGGAAAGGGGGAGUAAGAGUGAGCAGGACCCUACUUGGGGGAAUUCACUGGCAGACGACUGCAAGGAUGAAUUAUCAGACCUCACUGGUACGUCCACCUCAGACAUGCAGGGGAGGGAUGGGAACAGCCGGAGCACAGAGGUGCAGGCUGCACCGGGGACCAGAACCAUAUCAGUGGGUUUGCCUGAAAAUGAGGAAAAUUCUGAAGUUAAAGACAUAAUUGAGUCCACUCCCGAGCUGGACAUGGACCUCAUUGGAUACAAACCCUGCAGUACUCCUACCAAAGGCAUUGAGAACAUGGCGUUUGACAGGAACACAGACUCGCUGUUUGAGGAGCUGUCUUCUGCGGGCACCGGACUGAUCGGGGACGUGGACGAAGGAGCUGAUCUUCUCGACCUUAGUUUGAUUGGAAUGGGAAAGGAAGUAGAAAAUCUAAUUCAGGAGAAUUCCCAACUGCUCGAAACAAAGAAUGCCUUGAACGUGGUUAACAAGGACCUGAUCCUGAGGGUGGACGAGCUGACGUGUGAGAAGGAGAUGCUUCAGGGGGAGAUGGAGGCUGUGCAGCUGGCCAAGACCAAGCUGGAGGAGAUGAACAAGGAGCUGGAGGAGGAGCUUAAGAAAGUCCGACUGGAGGUGGCGGAGGUGAGGCAGAAAAGCAAAGAUGAAGAAAAUGUGAGUCUUCAUCACUCCAACAGGAGAAUUAUGUUUCACUUCCAGUCCUGAACUGAUGUUUCUGUUUUUAACUGUGUGUGCCCUCAGAGUGACGUACCUACAGCUCAGAGGAAGCGCUUCACCAGAGUGGAGAUGGCCAGAGUCUUAAUGGAGAGGAACCAGUACAAGGAGCGGCUGAUGGAGCUGCAGGAGGCUGUGAGGUGGACUGAGAUGAUCAGGGCUUCAAGGGAAAAUCCAGCUCUGACGGAGAAAAAGAAAUCCAGCAUCUGGCAGUUCUUCAGCAGACUGUUUAGCUCCUCCUCCAGCUCCCCCGCUAUGAAGAAGGUGGAGUACCCGUCCAAUGUGAAGUACAACACCCCAGGCAGCAUGGUGAAGCGGAGCAGCACCUUCUCUCAGUUCCCCACAGAGAAGUCCAAGACCUUCGACUUCCUCAACGAAGGGGCAGAUCAGUGCAGCUCUCCCUCCCGUAAGGAGCAGAAGAAGGCUCAGUACCAGCAGGUCAAGGCCCACAUGCAGAAGGAGGAUGGGCGGGUCACGGUGCACGGCUGGAGCCUGCCCAGCAAACACAAGGUUACAAAUGGAGGACAGAUGGAAAACAAGGUGAACUUACCUGUCCCGGUUUACCUGCGGCCCUUGGACCAGAAAGAUGCUUCUAUGAAGCUGUGGUGUGCUGCAGGGGUCAACCUGUCCGGAGGAAGGGCGGUUUCCUCGUCUGAGCUCUCCAAGCAGACCAAAGGUUCUCAGAGCAGCCUGGACCAGCUGGACCAGGAGAACAAGGAGAGAGGGGAGAAGGACCUGAUCCUGCAGGACGAGGUGUCCAGCACAGUUUGGGUUUGCAUGAGCACAAACUCCUCCACCAAGGUCUUGGUGCUGGACGCCACUCAGCCCACCGACCUGAUGGACAGCUUCUAUGCUUGCAACACGCAUGUCGUCUGCAUCGCCAGUGUACCGGGCGUUUUGGAUACUGAUUAUCCAGGAGGAGACGGGGUACCUCAGGACUCAGAGGCCAGCCAAGGAGAUGGCGUGUCACUGGCUGGUAGUGUUGCGAGCGUUGGCUCAACAGGCAGCGACGGUGCCAUGGCAACAGAAGGCAUCGCCGCUGUUGCUCAGAUCGCCAGCUCAGGUGCCACCGACCAGCAGGCGGAGCACGGUGCCGCAUCGGGCUCAGUCGAGCUGUCCAGAGAGUCCAGUCCAGCAGAGGACGGCGUUCCGACAGCAGAGGAGGCCACCGAGGCAACAGAGGCCGACGCUGGUGUGGGUGAGGACGACCAGGAGGAUCAGGGAGCGGAUCCAAACCAACCGGGGAUCUACACGGAGCACGUGUUCACCGACCCUCUGGGGGUGGGGCCCACUGACUCGCCCGCUGAAGCACAGAGGGGCUGUGGACAAGACGGAGAGACAUCCCAGUCAGAGGACAUGGACGCAUCAGAGGGGGAAGUCCUGAGGAUGAGCAGCGCUCUGCCCACCAUGUGGCUCGGAGCUCAGAACGGAUGUCUGUAUGUGCACUCGUCUGUGGCGCGAUGGAGGAAGUGUCUUCAUGCCAUCAAGCUAAAGGACUCCAUCCUCGGCAUUGUACACAUCAAAGGGAGAGUUUUGGUGGCGUUGGCCGAUGGGACAUUAGCGAUUUUCCACAGAAGCAUUGAUGGUCAGUGGGACCUGACCAACUAUCACCUGUUGGAUCUGGGCCGACCCCACCACUCCAUCCGCUGUAUGACCGUGGUCCACGACAAGGUGUGGUGCGGCUACAGGAACAAGAUCUACGUCAUCCAGCCCAAAGCCAUGAGGAUAGAGAAGUCGUUCGACGCUCAUCCCCGUAAAGAGAGCCAGGUGCGCCAGCUGGCGUGGGUGGGAGACGGGAUCUGGGUGUCCAUCCGCCUGGAUUCUACCCUGCGCUUGUUUCACGCUCACACCUAUCAGCACCUGCAGGACGUGGACAUCGAGCCUUACGUCAGCAAGAUGCUGGGAACGGGUAAACUGGGCUUCUCUUUUGUGAGGAUCACAGCUCUGGUGGUGUCCUGCUGUCGGCUGUGGGUGGGAACAGGAAAUGGCGUCAUCAUCUCCAUCCCGCUGUCUGAAGCUAACAAGACAGCGGGGGCGGUGCCAAAUCGCCCCGGCAGUGCGGUGCGCGUUUACGGCGACGAGUGUUUGGAUGUGUCUAGCAGCUUCGUGCCGUACUGCUCCAUGGCCCAUGCCCAGCUCUGUUUCCAUGGACACCGGGAUGCCGUCAAGUUCUUUGUCACCGUGCCAGGUCAGGCGAUGCCUCCUCCAGGAAGUGCUGAUUCAGGCUCAGAUGAACCUGCGUCAGAAUCUUCUGACUCGGCACCCUCAGAGUCCAAAACAUACCUGAUCAUGAGUGGAGGAGAGGGAUAUAUCGACUUCAGAAUCGGUGAUGAAGGCUGCGAGCUGGAUGGCUUAUCCGAGCAAAUCGACAGCGAGCAGUCUGCGCCCACCAAGGCGGAGCGGAGCCACCUGAUCGUCUGGCAGGUCACUGCUUCUCUGGAUUGAAACCCGUCAGACGGGUUCUUCAGACACCAGAGCAGCCCCCCCCCCCCCAGAUUCUUUUCAGUCUGUUUUGUACAUUUUUCUGUUUUAAGCCGAUGUUAAAGAGUCCGUCCGUGCUGGGCAGCAUGUUGGAAAAGCUGGUCCUCACGGGACAAAUCCCACACCACAGCAUCACCGUCGUUUAUGUUUCUAAAGACUAAAAAGGGUUUAAAACUCUAAAGGGAUCUGAUUUUAGGAGUUUUGCAGUCACUAAAACUCAAUCACCCGACUGUUUUGGUUUUAUUAGAGAGCAAACAGAAACGUCCUCUCUCUCUGUGAUGAGCAACAUCAGAGGAUGUUGGUGUGGAUCAUCCAGGAGUCACUACCUCACUGGGCUGCAGCUGUUGGUCACAUCUUCAUUUACAAGAGAGUUUCCAAAAUGUUUCUAAACAUUCCUGAAGGUUUUCAUCCUUCUGAACACAUCUGAAAAAGUUGCUCCGCAGAUUUUCCUGUUGCAGGUGUCCAGACCUCGUCUCAGUUUAGUUUCCACAAGGCAGAAGAAGAGACGACUUUGAGAGAAUCCGAUAUUAAAACGAGUCAGACUUGCUGGUCGUUAAGCCUAAUUUAUACUUCUCUGUCAGCUUCGGGACGGACGGCCGCAACGCCAUUAUCCGUACUUGCGAGCCUGCUGGAGAGCCCUCACAUGGACAGAGUCGAGCUCUCUUUUCUAAACAACCGUCCGUCUAAACGGAGAAGGCAAGCUUUGUGAUUGGUCAGGAUGGUGCUGUCGUCUACAGCGCUGCCAUUGCGCCCUCAAAGACAAAAAGAGAGCCGAGGAUAUCUAGCGGCAGACAUGGAGAAGCUUGUAGAAUACCUCUUGGAAAAACUCUAAAAAUGGGAACGUUUUAUUCCCUUGUGACUGGAGGAGUGCAAAGAUGUGCAGCAAGCAUUUUAUAGGGCUUGUCAUCACACGUGAUUACGCAUAGCAUUCUGGGAUGUUCACAGCCAUGUUGGAAGGCUGACGAGUGUAAACACACCGUGAAACAAACGGUACUGUUGCAGAGAAGAAGCGGAUUUGGGUGAAAGAAAAUUCUAAACAACAUUAUAAAAGCCCAAAAGGGAUGGGGAAUAUACUUGGGUGGUUUUUUAAAGACGCCGGGGACCGGUGUGUGGACAAAAUCAGCAUUAUAAAUGGUUUUGAUCCACAUGAAAGACCCAAGACCGGAGCACUGAUGACGUAUUGUUAGCGCUGCAGUUCUGCAUAACGGACAAUUUCGGCUUUCUUGUUUGUGGUGUGAGCGGAUGUAAACGUCUGGAUGAGAGGUAAACGUUUCAUUUGUUGAUUUUUCUAGUAAAACGGUCAAAGUUGUCAUCUCACAGAAGAAGUGUAGUAAGAGAAGUUGUGUUGAGUGUCAGUGCACCCGCAUUAGCUCACCGGUAUGCGAGUUUAGCCUCUGUGUGUGUGUGUGUGUGUGUUUCAUGUGCAUGUCGCAGUUGAAGGAAAGAAAGUGUAUAAAAACCAUACACCAUCUGUAACUUACCAGAAUGAAAAUACUCCAGAUGAUGGUCUCCGUGGUUUAGCCUCCAAGCAGGAAAAUGGUGAAAAGUUAGCUUGUUUUCCACCUUUGUUCCCCUGGCGAUCACAUAGGCCACCCCACAACACAGUAAUGAUUUACUAGAGUUGUGUCAUAUAACCAAUCAAAUGUAUAAUAGAUUAAGCCGCAAGAACGAGACUGAGCGUGCUGCUUACAGUAGUAACAAGCAACAAGUAAGGACUCACGCCUCCAAUGGGGCGGACGCGUCGGUGAUGACGUCACAAUCACAAGCCCUAUUCGUGGAUGGAAAUGGCGGGAAAUGUGGGUUUAGAGGUGGCGAGUGCAUGAAGAGGUGGAGGAGGAUGAGGGACAAAUUUAUCUGUCUUAAAAAGUCUCUGACAUACAAAAACACAAUAUAGACACACCAUCUUGGACCGGAUGCAUGACAGGAUACCACAGAACAGCGCUACGCCCUCUAUUGUCCUGGCGGGGAAUUGCUUUGCAACACUCCCCAGAAGACGGAGAAGUAUGAGGGCAAAAUGUCUCCGUCAGUGUCUCUCCCACGUGGAGCCAACAGAGAAGUAUAAAUUAGGCUUCAGACUGGUACCAGGUCAUUUGCAAACAAAUUCAGAUAAAAAGCUGAAUUUCUGUGUUUUUCCUCAACCGGCACCACCUAGAGGCAUAACAAAGGAAUUGCACCUUAAGCCCUUCUUCCUACUUUCGUAAUUAUGGCUGGAAGCCUCCUGGCUCUCGUUCCUAAGCGCGCUCCCCUAGUCGGCUAACAGCUAAAACACCUUACAAUAUGCUGUCUUUUCUUUUAAAGACUUACUUGUCGACAAGAAAAUUCCUCAACUCUGCAUCUGCAGUUACAUCCUCAAACGCGUGAUUAACAUCUCUAUCUAUGCAGAUGUCUAAUGCUAUUGGCUAGUUCUGAGCAGCAUUCAAUUCAAAUUGCACGAGGCUCUACGAGAUGGGGGACAGGCUUAGCAACAACAAAAUAGCGUACUGCUCACAUUAUAUCACAGUGCAGUGUGGAUUUGCAUAAUUCCUGUAAGAGGGAAACUCCGGACUGCUGCUUCAGUUUAAAGUAGCAAAUAAAGGCCUUUUUUUUCCUUCUUUUUUUUUUAAUCAAAAUUUCCAAACUUUAAUUACUGAUAACAACCGAAGUAAAGUAGAAAAGAUACAUGAAUGAAUGUGUUUUGUCACAGUUGUGUCUCCAGUUGGUGCCAACAGUUUCCAGCCCAGAGGGAUGCAGACCUAAACAGAUGAGCUAAGGGAACUUAAAUCUUUGGGACGCCCAGCUUCUUAUUUGUGGAGCUUUCGUGUGAAAUGUUGAAUUUAUAAGCAUCAAACUCCUGGUAUUAUGUAAAGCUCCUCAGAAGAGAAGGAUAAAUGUUUUUAGGAACAAUUCAAAAGUUAGAAUUAGUAUUUAAUACUUAUUAGUUUGGAAUUAAUUUUAAGCACUUUGAAUCCUUGUGUGAAUUUAGCGUUAGCCUAAAAGUGUGUUAAAACUUUGUCCCGUGUUUGCCAACAGAUCAGUGCUUCCUGUUUGCUUCAGCUCGCUGGCACUUUAAAGGGUUGGGUGUCACCUAAAGGUUUUGAGGAGUGUGUGUAAAUAACAUCAUCAACACUAAGUGUCCGGAGUGUGUGGAGGUUUUUAGUCCAGUUAGAACCAAAGGAUUAAGGAAAACGAUGGAUUCAUUUGUGAGUCACAUAUUUUUGGGACUGUAUAUUUUCAAGGUUGUGUCUGAUUGUGUAACAGAGAUGCACUAAAGGAGGAUCACGCAGCACUAAAGACUUUUAGUUUGUUUGUAAAUGAAAACGAUUUUAGGUUUUCUGUUUUAUUUGUUUUGUAUCCAUUUUGUGAGUCAAUAACAAGUGUUUUAAUGACUGACUGACUCGCCACCAUCGAGCAGAUUUGUUUUUAUAUCCAAUGAGCUUCGUCUUACGUCCAUUUCAGAGCAGUCAUUUUCUAUUUGUGUGUUUACCAUUCCAGUAUUUAUUUCUUUUUCUUGGUUAUGGAGUCCGUCUGGGCUCAGAAUGUAACUUUCUACAUGAACAACAUAGUCCAGUAAGUUUACAUGAUUGUUAAUAAUGGUUCAAUAAAACACAAUCAUGAUGAUCAUGUGGGAUUUUUUUAGAAAAAAAAAAUAAAAAUACAAUAAAAUAAAACAAAACAUAUACAAUAUUUUGAAAACUUGAUGUGCAAAUCUAUGCAUGUUUUUAUUUAAUUUUUUGAAUGAAAACUAGUCUUUCAUCUGCUGCUUUUCAGUUUGUUGCCACCAUUUUGGGUGGAUGGAUGUGAGUGCAAACAUGUGUAUUUGUAUGUCUUUUUUUCCCCCUCCAGAUGUGUGGCAGAUGUGUGUGUUUUGUCUGAAACCCCCAGACUGGUCACAUUUAGCUGUAGCACCAGGGUUCCUCUGGACGUCCUAACUGUGGUUCCUCCUAGUCAAACUUUUGCUAAAAUCUUAUCAUAGCCUUAUUUUUAACAAUCUAAUAAACUCAGUUUUAUGGAGAA